UUUUACCUAAUCGUGAGUUCCGGAGUCUUGCACUGCUCCUGCUGUUGAUGUAUGGUUGCAGCUGUCAUGACGAGGCGCUGCAGGACAAGGGCGCCACAGCCAAGGGUCCGAAGUAGCUUCGGCAUUCGGCAAGCAUCAUUCUACAGCACCUUCCCAUGUCUCAUACCUCAACGCCCCACACACAAGAGUCGCGACUUCCUCCAGAGCGGCCAUGACCACAGAUUCAAUGCGCUGAUGUAGCGCUCAAACACACUCAACGACAACUCAAUUGCUCAGAGGAGCCGGCUACUGCCGCCAAGGACCGCCAUGAUGCGCUCCCUCUUCACGCCCUCGCGCGUCUUCGUGGUGGUCAUUACCUUCUCGCUGAUCAGCUUCCUCUGGACUUUUGGCCUCCCUCACCAGCUCGCUGAACUCUCGGCACCAAUCAUUGAACACCCCGCAGACGGAGCCAAGCCUCACGACUCAAUUGCGCCCGCGCCUGUCGUUCACACUUCGCACGCGACAUUCCCCACAGUCAAGCCCACAUCGACAGUGCACGACGACCGUCCAAAGGGGGACGACGACCACAGAUGGGACGACAAGACGCGGAAGACAGGCCAAGCGGCCGAGCAGACGCCGCUGCCUCGUCCUACAGCGUCUGGUCCUGCUGGUCACGAUGACGAUAGGGGAAGGUGGGAGGACAAGGAGAAGUCGAAAGCCAGCGGGAAGACUUCAAGCACAGUGGUCGUCAGCGCGAGUCCCGGGCCCAUCAUGGAACUGAUCUCGAGCGCCAACACCACAACAACCCCUACGCCUACAUCCAUCUCGCCGCCGUACCGCCACACAGCCGCGCCUGUGAAGGGCUUCUGCAAAGACGUCAAGAACGCACAGGACGUUAUGGUCGUGGUCAAGACGUCGAAAGCUGAGGCCUACGAUAAGCUUUCUGGGCACCUCCAGGGUCUCCUCUCCUGCGUGCCCAACUUCGCCAUCUUCAGCGACCACGAGGGCGAAAUUGACGGCAUACCGAUCCAUGAUGCGCUGCACGAGAUCAACUCUGAGACAAGGCAGAACAACGGGGAGUUCCGCGAGUACAUGAUCAUCCAGGCCGACCCCGAGUACAAACCAGACGCGAAGAAGACAAAGGAUCUGGACAAGUGGAAGGUACUGCCUAUGGUAUACAAGGCAUACCAGAUGAACCCACACGCCAAAUUCUACGCUUUUAUCGAAGCAGACACAGGCCUGAGCUGGACCAACUUGCUGCAGUGGGUGGCCAGGCUAGACUACCGGAUUCCGUACUACAGUGGCGCGCAAACCUUCAUCAACAAAGUACAGUUCGCCCAGCGCGGCCCCGGCAUACUACUUUCGCAGGGUGCCCUACGGCGCUACGCAAAAUCAUACGAGGAGCGGUGGUCGACCGACUGGCAGAAGCGCAUUGGCAAGGAGUGCUGCGGAGACUACGUCCUUGCAACGGCUCUCAAUGACGCGCACGUCGAGCUGUAUACAUCGUGGCCACUCAUGCAGGGCGAACAACCGAAUACGCUUGAUUACACACCGAAGCAGUGGUGCUCACCUGCCGUGACAUGGCACCACAUGGAUAAUAAGUCACUAAGCGAGAGCUGGGACCUGCAGAAGAAGUGGACCGCCAAACACGGCUGGGAGAAGCCAUACUUACACAAGGAUGCAUUCGAAGAGUAUGUACUACCACACAUAACAUCACGGCUGGAGAAUUGGGACAACCUGGGCUCGGACACCAGGGUCAUCGCCGAAGCCGGCCGUCAGAAGGAGCUCAAGGAUGGAGUACGCGAUGCAAACGCCGCGAAAGAGAAGCCCAGGGAAGCAGCAGGCUCAUUGUUCCCCAAGCGCGAAGAAAAGAAGGGCAUCGAAACCGACACCAAAAAGGACGACAAGAAAAACGAAAAAAUAGAAGAAGAGGCCAAAGAGACAAUCGACUGGACCGUCAUCGGCACCAUGGUCAAGGACGGCGCCGACAGUUCCGAGGCCUGCGCAGCGCUCUGUCUAGAAAUUGAGGACUGUCUGCAGUGGCGGUACACUAACAAAGGCGAUGGCGAAUGCCAUCUUAGCAAGGUCGUUAAGCUAGGCAGGAAGACAGAGAACCAGGGCAAGAGCCAUAUCUGGACGAGUGGCUGGAUUGUGGAUAGGAUCAGGGGACUGACAAAAGGUUGGGAGUGCAAGGAGGUCAAAUGGAAAUUCUACCAAUAGCCGUUUGCAAGGUUGAGGGCGGAGACAUACAAGACGCCAUGGAGAAGGUUGGCGCACACGUUAGCCUACUAUUGUCACGUUAUGUCAUUUAGGUGAUUUUGUCGGUCUGUAUACCCUUUCGAUGUAAAUUCUUUAAUUCAAGCAAAAACAUUUCCGCAAUAUCUUG